CUUCCUCCGGGCCAGUGUUAUUAUUCGCCAUCGUAUAGCCGUAUCAUUGAGUAGUAAGUUCUCAGUUUUUCGUUCUUUUCGUACGUCAAUUUGCGCACUUAACUUCCAGUGUGAACGUAAACGUCUUCAUUCUCGUCUUGACGCGAUCCGAGCGAUUUUCAGCACUUUCGGUCAUUGAACUGCUGAAGAUAGAAGAAUUCUUGGAUUCCUAAACAGCUACUUUUAUAAGAAUGUCGGCAAAUGACAUAGCAACGAUAAAAGAAUGGCUGUCGAAACAACAACAUUUGCCAGAUGUCGACGACCAUCUGAUUCGGAGAUUUCUCACCUGCUGCGACCACAGUCUGGAAAAGACGAAAACUACAAUGGAUCAUUUUUUCUGCCUCAGAGCCGACACCCCGGAGUUUUUCUCCGACCGGGAUCCACUUCAACCCAAGAUGCAAGAAGUAUUCACACAAAUAGAUCUCCUCCCGUUGCCACAGUUGACCCCAGAAGGUUUGAAAUGCUUCCUGUAUCGCCUGGCGGACCCGAACCCGGACAAGUUCGUGUUCAACGAGUACGCCAAGUGUUUCUUCCUCGUCGGUGACACCCGAGUCAAGACGGAGACGGUCAUACCAAAAGGGGAGAUCAUAAUAUUCGACAUGAAGGGCUACUCUCUUAGGCAUCUUACAAAGCUCCAUUUCCCAUCGCUUAGGAAAUACAUGCAAUACACUCAGGAAGCUCAUCCUGUUAGGCUGAAGCAAAUACAUGUAAUAAAUGUAUCAUCCCUCUUAGAUAAAACGAUGACCCUUGUCAAACCGCUGUUGAAAGCCGAGGUGGCAGGAAUGUUACAUUUUCAUCAGCCAGAAUCUAAGACAUUAUACGACUUUGUACCGAAGGAUAUUCUUCCAGAUGAGUAUGGUGGUAAAGCUGGAACCGUAUCAGAAAUCAAAGAAACAUGGAAAUCAAAGGUUGAGAAAAACAGAGACUGGUUUAAAACCAAUCCCUGGAUUGCGAACAACAACAAGAGAUUAGACAAAAAAAAUUCUAUAAAUAUAAUGGAUGGCUCUUUCAGAACUCUCACCAUAGAUUAAGUUGUUAUAAUUUUUUUUUUAAUUGCCUUUGAGGCAACAUAAUAUUACAGCAUGUAUUACUUUUGAAAUAUGACAUUUGUUUAAAGUCAAAUACAUAUAUAAUAUUCAAUUAUGCUAUUAUAUAUUCACAGCACUGUUAGAAACAUUUAUUAUAAAUACAAAUAUUAUAUGUAUAUAUGUAUGCUUACUCAGACUUUUCAGGGUUUUUAUAUAUAUUUUUUUUAAUUAAUGUCAUUAUAGGAAUCAUACUUAAUAGUAAUGUUUGUAAUUAGAAAAAUCGUGAUAUUUUUCUUUUUUUAGACUGUACAUUUUAAAUAAAUAUAGGUUAUUUUUCACAAAAAUGAGUAAUUUUUAAUUAAAUGUCUUUCCAACGGAUAAACUGUAGAACAAAGUAACAAAAGUAAAAAAAAAAAAA